GCCAAAUAUUUGACGUCUGAAAGCCAAGCAGGAGGAGAGAUGUACAGCAUUGCUAGACUCAGAGCGCCUCCAGGCUCCAAAUUUAAUGGCGUGUUCCUCACUCAUGACUCCGAUUUCUGAUAGCGUGGAGACUUGAGCAGGAAGGAGCUGAAACCAUCAAGGGGCUGAUUGGAGCAACGCAGCCAUGUCCCGUCUGGGCUAUUCGCAGUGCUUCCACCUUGCAAGACAAGCGAGGCACACCUUCUUACGUGGGGAGCAACCACUCUUGCAAGGCGCGUUGGAAGUUGGAAGGCAGAAGCUGUUGCCUGUCAGAGCAAAAAAUUUCUCAUCGGAGCGGGUUCAGGAUCAGAAGAGUGCUUCUUCAUCCUUUAAAAUUCGGCCCCUCAGCCAAUUGUUGCUCCGGACAGAAACUGGUUCACAUUGUCUGGUGCAUACAGAGUACGGAGGCGCUUUCCUGGUGCGCACAUUCUAUGCAAGAAGUGCACCACCCCAUGCAUCAUCGUCUGCAGUAGACGCUUCAGGUUUGGGAGGAGACGACAAGUCAGGAAGCAGAGCUGGCGAUGCCAGUGGUUCUGGGCUGGGGGCCAAAGACAGCGAAGCAAGAAGUCAAACACACAAUGCUGCCAGCAUAUCUGGUUCAGAAGCAGCUGAAGAGUCCCCACACUCGACGCAAUCCGCACCUGGCAGCAGGUUCGGUCAGAAUUUCAAUCUUGCUGGCAUACGAAUCACUCUGGGACUGUUGUUUGGGGGAAAGAAGCAUCUGGCCGUCCCGCACAUAGCGGUACCGGACAUCCGGUGGAUAGACUGGCAGGCACUGAGAGCGGCUGGCUUCCAGGGGGUAGUCUUCGACAAAGACAACACGUUGACCGCCCCCUAUGCCUUAGAGAUCUACGAAACUCUGGCAGAGUCGCUGCAAGAAUGUCGAGAUGUCUAUGAGGGGAAGAUUGUUCUGCUCAGCAACUCUGCAGGGCUUGCGCAGUUCGACCCUGAUGGAAAGGAAGCGAGCCUCCUGGAGCAGAAACUAGGCAUCCCGGUCCUCAGACAUGGUGCCAAGAAACCAGCUGGGAGUUCGGAUCCGCUGACUGCACACUUUGGUUGUUCAGCUGACCGUCUCGUGAUGGUCGGGGACCGCUACUUCACGGACGUCGUGUUUGGCAACCGGCACGGGAUGCUGACCAUCCGGCCCGCCCCGCUGACUGCUGUGGGCGAACCGACCAUGGUGAAAAAGGUUCGACUACUGGAGGCCACGCUUCUAUCGCGGUGGCAGGCCAAAGACAUCUCGGCCCCUGAGCAUAAGCUGGCUCUUGCUCCAGGCAAAUACAUCAAGGACCCGGGCUGCUGGUAACCGCAGCCCUUCCAAAUGAAGGGAUGUCAUCUGCCGUAUUUGCAACUGCUAGGGCCCGUUUCUUUGUCAAGCGCGCUGAUAAUUGAUUGACCCGCAAUUCAAUCAACGUGGACUCAUGCUUAUAUUGGGAACGGAAAGUGCACGCGUAAGAGAUCUGGUGGCUAUUUCAUCUUCUGAGCAAAUGUAGCUUGAACCGUGUCUGAAUGCCUGGUAGGUCGACCUCAGAUCCGGCGACUCGAGUCGAUCCUGCAGGGUUAAAGACCUUCGCAUCGGAUUGCUUGGGGCCCCUGGUGUACUAACAGGAGCUUGCCUUUGGAUAACCAACAUUGGGUGCUGGCUCUGAUCGAAAUAUGUAUCUAUGGCUCGGAGUGAACAAGUUCUGGUGUUU